CAACCAUCUGUUUCUGACUGAGGCCCCAUUUACAUUGCUUAACAUACUCUGAAAAUGAAGUGUUCAUUUUUUACAUUCCUCCUGCAAAUGGUUUAAUGUUGAAUUACAGAAGAGAGUUAAACUAAACCAGGUGCACACUCACUCCUCACUCCAGUGUGCAAGGGCGCAAGCAAGAGCUCUCAUCCUGCUCAGUUACAUCACUAGGAGCCCUGCAAAUUCUGAGAUAUGCUGAAAUUAAGACUAUUGCCUCUGUUUACUCUCAUCCUGUGCCGUACAGAUUCUGGGAAUGCCCAGACACAGUGCAACAAUGGCUUCGAGAUGGACCGAUCAUCCGGGCAAUGUUUAGAUGUGGAUGAGUGUCGUACCAUCUCAGAUGCUUGUCGGGGGGAUAUGAUGUGCGUGAACCAAAAUGGAGGCUACCUCUGCAUUCCCCGAACAGGCACCACGUUCAGAUCACAAUACCGCAACUCCUUCCUCCCUGCUGUGGCACCCCUACCUUCACCAAACUUCCCAUCUCCAUCCCGGCCCCUUAUAUGUCGCUUUGGGUACCAAUUGGAUGAUAACGGUCAAUGUGUUGAUAUUGAUGAAUGCGUAAGUGAAACCCAUCACUGUAACCCAACCCAGAUCUGUAUAAACACAGAAGGUGGAUACACCUGCUCCUGUACAGAGGGAUACUGGCUGCUGGAGGGACAAUGUCUAGAUAUAGACGAAUGCCGUUUUGGGUAUUGCCAGCAGCUCUGUGCCAAUGUUCCCGGAUCCUAUUCCUGCACGUGCAAUCCAGGGUUUAUCCUUAACGAAGAUGGGCGGUCCUGCCAAGAUGUAGACGAAUGUCUUUCCUCAAAUCCAUGUGUACAGAGCUGUUUGAACACCUAUGGCUCUUAUUUAUGUCGUUGUGACCCUGGGUAUGAGCUGCAGGAUGAUGGGAUUGGCUGCACUGAUAUGGACGAAUGUAGCGUGUCUGAGUUCAUCUGCCAACACGAAUGUGUUAACGACCCUGGAUCCUACUACUGCAUCUGUCCGGAGGGCUACGUGUUGCUUGACGACAGCCGCACCUGCCAAGAUGUUGAUGAAUGUGACACGAGAAACAAUACCUGUACUACACAACAAUCCUGUUUUAAUGUUCCUGGAACGUAUAAAUGUAUGGAUCCAGUGAGAUGUGAAGAACCCUACAUUAAGAUCGGCGACAAUCGGUGCAUGUGUCCGGUGGAGAACACAGCCUGCAGAGAUCAGCCAUUCACCAUAGUCCAUAGACACAUGGAUCUUAUCUCCAGUCGCAGUGUGCCCACAGACAUCUUCCAGAUGCAAGCCACGACACGCUAUCCUGGAGCCUAUUAUAUCUUCCAGAUCAAGUCAGGAAAUGAUGGUAGAGAGUUCUAUAUGAGGCAAACAGGACCCAUCAGCGCUACCCUGGUGAUGACACGACCCAUUAAAGGUCCUCGGGAUGUUGUUCUCGACCUCGAGAUGGUAACUGUGAAUACUGUGGUAAACUUCCGCGGCAGCUCUGUCAUCCGACUGAGGAUAUUUAUUUCACCCUAUGCAUUCUGAGUCCUGGGAAUAUUGCUGAUAUCUUUAACAAUACUGUUCCUUUCCUGAUGUGCAGUCAGUGUCACAAAAUAUGAUACGAUUGCUGCUUUCUAAGGGAAGUACCACUGAUUAGGAAUUUAUAUAUAUAUAUAUAUAUAAAUAUAUAUAUAUAUAUAUAUAUAUAUAUAUGUCUUCUUUGGUCAGAAUCAUCAGUUAUUCUCCUAAACCAAGCACGACACGAACAGCUGUAUCCAGCCCAGUGCAUGUUGCCAGGAUUCA